GGCUCGGCGUCACAACAGAACGUGAGAGAAAGUAAGUUUUAGUUUUAUUUAAGAAAGGGCCCUUUUAGCGUGGAACGUUUGUGGCGAGAAGACACGCGACGCAAAGACGCCCUCGACGUGUCUGCGCGUAAUUUGUGGGACUGAGUUUGGUCACCUCACGUAUUUACCUGCGUGGCUCCAUCGGCCUUUCAACUUCUAAAUCACAACAGGGGCGUCCGAGGGGCGCAGUUGCUGCCGGCGGUUCAUUUUGAACAGGCCGGCAGCAAAUUCUUAAAACAUAAUGGACCGUGGCCCACAUUAUAUCACUUUGUUCUCCAGAAAUAGACGUGGCUAAUCUGCGGAUUUAAAAUGCGCCAGUGCAGACUUGGUUAAUGAACGCCUCCCCAGCUGCUGCUGUCUUUCCAAAGGGUUAAUAUGAGACCAGAUUUAAUGCAGGAUCAAAGCGUCGCUGUGUGUGCCCUCCUGAAUCCAAAAUGACUUGACAAACAUUGUUAGAAGCCGCCAGAGUGCAUUCCGUGUCAUCUGCCGUGGAAAUGAAAUGUCCGGUCUCGAUAGAGUGAACAUUUGAACUGAAAACGAACCCAGUGGAGGAAACAUGGUCGGGCGGUGAGAGGGCAGCCAGUGGAACCAAAUACUAAGAGACAAGUAGAGAGUGAGUAAAUUAAAAGGGAGGGGUGGAAGGACAGCGGGGGUAAUACACACACGCAGAGAGAGGGAGGGAGAGAAAUAAUAUAAGAGAGAAAGCGAGGGAGAAGUGUCUGGACUCUGUUAACAGUGAGAGAGAGAGAGGGAGAGGGAGCAUUGGUGCCGCAGCGGGACCGACUGUCACACGGACUGUCAGCGGGGUCGUAGCCGGAGAGAGCAGCAGCCACUCGCCGAUUUCCUAUUGACAAACCGGGGGAGAAAGUGGCAGAGGAAGAAAGGGGGAGAUUAAGAACUAACGCAGGGAAUCGUUGUGUUUCCAGUGGCUGCUCUCCAGCCUCGAGCCCUCACCUCCACCGGACAGGAUCUACUGCCCCUUCAUCUUCAUCACUCCUCUUCCUCAUCAUCACCACCACCACCACCACCACCCUCACCCCCAUCAUCAUCACCGAGACCUCUACCCCCCUGUCCCCCAUCACCAUGCCGGGCUGGCGGCGGAACCUCACUUUCUGUCUGCAGCGGAUGCACGAGGAAGAUGAUGGGCCAUAUGGAAAAACUAAAGAUAUAUCUGGACCAGAACACACCAUGGCCUCAAGAAGACACAGUAUACCAGCUCUGCGGGGGGUGACCAUGGUCGAACUGGUGAAGAAGGAAGGUAGCACGCUCGGCCUUACCAUCUCAGGAGGGACCGACAAGGACGGGAAGCCUCGGGUGUCAAACCUGCGGCCCGGAGGACUGGCAGCCAGGAGCGACCAGCUAAACGUCGGGGAUUACAUCAAGUCGGUGAACGGCAUCAAUCUGACCAAACUGCGGCAUGAGGAGAUCAUCAGCUUACUGAAGAACGUGGGGGAGAGAGUUCUGCUGGAGGUGGAGUACGAGCUGCCCCCUACAGCACCAGACAGCUCCUCAGGGGUUAUAUCAAAGACAAUUGACAUCUGUUUGCACAAAGAGGGGAACAGCUUCGGCUUCGUCAUGAGAGGUGGUACCCAUGAGGACUGGCACAAGUCACGGCCCCUGGUGGUGACCUACGUCAGGCCUGGAGGCCCAGCAGACAGAGAGGGUACGCUGCGUCCCGGCGACCGCCUCCUAAGUGUGGACGGAGUGCCGCUGCACAACGCCAUCCACAGUGACGCCCUCAGUGUGUUGGCUCAGAGCGGCCAGGAGGCGCUGUUCCAGAUAGAGUACGACGUCACCAUCAUGGACACAGUGACGAACGCCUCUGGCCCGCUGCUGGUGGAAAUUGCCAAGUCGCCAGGGGCGACGCUAGGCAUCACGCUGACGUCCGCCAACCACAGAAACAAACAAGUCAUCGUCAUCGACAGGGUUAAACCUGGCAGCGUGGUGGACAGGUGCGGGGCGUUGCAUGCUGGGGAUCACCUCCUGUCCAUAGAUGGGACAUCGACAGAGCACUGCACCGUCCUGGAGGCAACGCAGCUACUAGCAAGCACGACAGAACUGGUCAAAUUAGAAAUACUCCCCUCCCAUCAAACAAGGCUAGCUGGGAAACAGCACGAUACAGUGAAGGUUCAGAAGUCGGACCUUCCACACUCCUGGGAUCCCUGCGUGAACUUCCUUCACCCUCCGAACUCCACCCUCUGCAACACGACUUCCACCCUCAAUAAAUCGUGGACCGCCUCCAACAACAACACUAUCAACAGCCUCGACUACUGCAAGUCUCUGGUAUCUGCCAGUUUCUCUCCCGGCUCCACGACCACAUCAGGCCCCAGCAGUCAGAGCUCCAGCACCUUACCCCGGCCAACAGUUCCCAUGAGUCCUCGUAACUCGCUGCUCAAACGACGGCAGAGGAAGAAAGAGCACAAGAGCUCCCUGUCCCUGGCGUCCAGCUCGGUGGGUCCGGGUGGUCAGGUGGUCCACGUGGAGACCAGCGAGGUCGUCUUAACAGGUGACCCGCUCAAUGGCUUUGGCGUGCAGCUGCAAGGAGGAAUAUUCGCCACCGAAACACUGUCUGCACCGCCGCUUAUUCGAUUCAUAGAGCCUGACAGCUCUGCAGAGAGGUGUGGCCUGCUGCAGGUCGGAGACCGUCUCCUGUCAAUCAACGGGAUCCCCACAGAAGACGGAACACUUGAGGAAGCCAAUCAGCUUCUCCGAGACGCAGCGCUGACCAAUAAGGUCACUCUAGAAAUAGAGUUCGACGUCGCAGAGUCAGUGGUGCCUAGUAGUGGCACUUUCCACGUCAAGCUGCCGAAGAAAAGGGGAGUGGAGCUGGGCCUCACCAUCAGUGCCAGUAAGAAGCAGGGAGAGCCUCUCAUCAUUUCUGACAUCAAGAAGGGCAGCAUGGCUCACAGAACAGGAACGCUGGAGCCCGGUGACAAGCUGUUGGCCAUUGACAACAUCAGACUGGAUAAUUGCUCCAAAGAUGACGCGGAGCAGAUCCUCCAGCAGUGCGAGGAGCUGGUCAAACUAAAGAUACGAAAAGACGAAGACAACUCAGAUGAGCAGGAGACGUCAGGCAGCAUCAUCUACACGGUGGAACUGAAGCGGUACGGAGGCCCUCUGGGUAUCACCAUCUCAGGCACCGAGGAGCCUUUUGACCCCAUCACUAUAUCAGGCCUCACCAAGAGAGGCCUGGCUGAGAGGACAGGGGCUAUACAUGUAGGGGAUAGGAUCCUGGCUAUCAACAGCGUCAGCCUGAAAGGCAAGCCGCUGAGCGAAGCCAUCCACCUCCUGCAGAUGGCCGGAGAGACGGUCACCCUCAAGAUAAAAAAACAACUCGACAAUAUAGAAGAAAGAAAAGCAGCAGAGGCAGAGGACACGACAGAGAAUGAGAUCAGCGACACAGAGGAGGACGAUCUGACAGACAGUCAACAGACCAAUAAGCUAUCUGAGCUCUACUCCACAACUAUACCCAGCGUCGACUCAGCCAUGGAGUCGUGGGAUGGCUCGGGUCUGGACGCAGGCUACGGCAGUCAGGGUACAUACAGCCAUCAGGCAGCCGGUAUCACUCUCCAUCCACACGAGUGGCGUAGCGCCAAACAGCAGCGCAGCACAACACCUCCACCUGGACGCCGGAAGAACUACCCGUUCAGCGAUGGAGGUUUCAGUGAGGAUGAUUGGGACAAACCACCGGGAUUUAUUGGCCAACCACCAGACGGUAUUCUGUUGGAUCCAGACGACAGUUACUGGUGUCAGGCACUGGAGGACUUGGAGACCUGUGGCCAGUCAGAACUGCUCAGAGAGAUAGAGGCAUCCAUCAUGACAGGCACAGCCAUUAGUCUGGGUGUAGAAGGUGUCAACAAGCCUCCAGCUGAGCCCAUACUGAGUCACAACAGGAUGAGCCCAUUGCGAAGAAAUUCUCUCCUGCACCAAGGAAAUCUUCUUCACCAGGGUACACACCUCCACCAAGGAGCCCAUCUACAUGAGGAAGCGCACCUACAUGAAGAGGCCCAACUCCACCAAGACCACCUGCACGAGGAGAUGCAUUAUAACCAGGAAGGGCACCUGCACCAGGGGGCCCACAUCCUCCAAGAUAACCAAUCCCCUCUUCUACACCAUGAGCCCAAGUCCAAGGCCUCAUUACGAGUAUCAGAGAGAACGUGGGAGUCCCGUCGGAUCAAAGAGGAGAUGCAGGGGAUUCUUUCCCCAACACCUCUGGAGCUCCACAAAGUAACAGUGAUAAAGGACCCAGAGAGCGAUGACUUUGGUUUCAGCGUGUCAGACGGCUUCUUAGAGAAAGGCGUUUACGUCAACAUGAUCAGACCUGAUGGCCCAGCAGACCGAUCCGGGCUCAGGCCCUAUGACAGGAUCCUGCAGGUGAACCACGUACGGACAAGGGACUUUGACUGCUGCCUGGCAGUGCCUCUUAUCACAGAGGCUGGAGACAGACUAGAGCUGGUCAUCAGCCGCAACCCGCUGGCCAACGAAGAUCCAGAAGACAACAACAAUACUCUAGACCACCCACUAGACCUGUAACACACACAAACACAAAAAUAGAUUUUCCUCUAGACAUAUACACUCACACACACACACACGCAUACACUACGCUACACUCAGACAGUUCUUCACAACUGAUGUAGAAGUGUAAACCUUUACCUACCAGAGCUGGCCAAAAUGCACACAGACACACUCCACCGGCUUGCAAUAAUUCUACUCAAACACAAAGACUCAUACUAUAAACACACAUCCUGACAUUUGCAUGCUCACACAGUCACAUCAUCCCAUUCAUUCUGGGUUGAACUGUUACCAUACCAUAUUAUUCUCUACAUAAGCACUACCACAGUGCAGGGAAAAAGGCUCUCCUGACAACUGGUUUGGUGCCCUCACUGUGUUAUUUAAAGUGCCACUUUAACUAACCCUGACUCUAAAGAGUUUGUUUUAAAACAAAUAAAUAAAAACCUGUCAUACGGGUGGGAUAAUAUCACCUGAUUUUAAUAUCAGUCCAUAGGCUCACAUGAAUCAACAAUGCUGGUGGUACCAGAGGGAUCUGCCUUAUUAUAAGAUAUCGAAGUGAUAUUCAGAAAUUACAAGUAAAACCGCCUUGCUGUUUGCAGAUUUUAUUUUGUUUUAUGUAAGGCUAUGUCUCAAAAGGAGUUUCAACCACGCCGUACAGAUGUAGCCAUUGUAGAAGUCCGUAAUGCUGCUAAUAGUUAGCUCAAAUAAUGCUGCUCCCUUGAAAUUACCUAGAGUUAUCUUCUGCUAUGGUCAUGUUUAGCUCUUUUGUCAGCUCAUUUUGGAAGACAGAUGGAGAGACAAGGAGAUCACAACUGCCAAACUGUUCUUAUUUAUUUAUUUUUUUUGUUGUUGUUUCUUACAAUCAUCAAAUGGAAGACAAAUGAUUUCCAAGCCUUCUGGAAGGAAACUCAUGCUCCAUCCCAAAUGUGCAGUCGUGCAUGUGGAGAUGCCUUGCGGGGGAAAAAACUGUGUUGCCAACAGAAGAACAUCUACCCACUAUUUUUAGAAAUGUUUGAUCAUUAUUGUUUUUGUGCCAAACAUUGAUGAAACAUUGCCAAAUCACACUACAGGUUGUCUGAGAGCACUGGAUUCAUCCCAUUGCCUUUUACUGCCUACAUAUGAAUUCAAAGAGCAGUAGUUACUUUAAAUACUUUUUAAAUAGAGACCAUGAUUAGGUAUGCUAUUGAAGGUGCUGUGCACUGUAUUGAAACGUAUGACUGUGCAUAUGUUAUUUUAGACAUUUAAUUGGGUUUUGAGGUCUGAAGUCCAGUGGAGGUAAAAUUGACCAAUGAGAACAUAGUUAUACAGUAUGGUUAAAUUCUGCAGUAAAUGUGUAAAAUGGGUUCCCUUUUAAUUCUCUCUUGCAUACAUCUCAGUUAACCUUGACAGACAAAAUCGCUGAUGGUUCAAAUCUAAAGAAAUAGGUUACACUGAAGACUACUGUCCCUCCUUUGCUGCACAAUGAUUAUGAGCAAAAUGUAUGGCGUCAUCAGCAAACAGAGGGAAUUCACCAGAAUGCCACUGAAUAAGUCUCUCUCACACACGCUUACCAUUUUUGAAACAGGACUAGCAUGCACAGUGGAAGGACAUGCAAUCAUAACAUUUGUAUCAUUAUCUGCCUUCGCAUUUGUUUAUGUGUCUGUCUGGAAGUGUGCAUAUACAGUAUCUGCUGUACAGACUUGAUUGGACCAACUAAAAUACGCAUAGCGAACUUUAUAUUUUUACUUUAUUUUGUAGGGCUGCUUUAGGGGAAAGUCUAAUUUGUAGAAAUUUGUAGAGUGGAAUGGAGUUCUUGUGCGUCUUGUAUGAUGUCCUCAGUAUUGUGUAUCAUACCAAAGUUUGAAGGUUUUGGCCACCACUUUUGCUAAUUUCAGCUUUGUUUCUUAUAAACCAUGUGUCAUGGCUUGAUACUUACACUAAACUAUUAAUAGCCCUCUGUAGCCUUUACUAAUGCAAAUCAGAGUUGUAGUAAAUUCAAUUAAACAUCAUUUUUUAUGUUACAAUUGCCCCUGCGCUAUUUACCUAGGGUUGUACCUUUGACAUUUUUUGCCGUAUAACCUGAUAUCUUCUGACAGUUUUGCUGUUUGCUGCUUUUAAAUUGAGGUGUUUUCAUGAACAUCCGUGUCAGUAAAAACUAUAUAAAACUGGGAAAGCUCAUCAGCUUUGCAGCUCUAUGGAAUAUUGCAUUGCAAUAGCACAUACCCAAAGAAAUCAUAUAAUUUAACUUACAGUUGCACAACAUAUUACUCUCUGUUUUAGUUUGGUACAUUCCCUCUGCUUGCUUCACCUCCUGUUUUUCAUGAUUUUCCCCAAUUAAUGGCAAAAUCCUCUCUGCUCCAAUUAUCUGUGGAUUAACUGAAAUGAGACUGGCAGUCGCGCCACUGCUGCUACACUUGUGAGAGAAUGAGUGUGUGUGUUCACAUUCUUGUACAGUAGUCCUUCUAAGGACCAGUUUUGAUAAGAGGAUUUAUGUGCAAAGUGAUGACAUUUGGGCCAGUCCUCACCUCUCUACAGGGAUGUCAGGGGUUAGGGUUAACAUUGUGUUUUAAUGUAAAGGGUACAAUUAAGUUGUGGUUAGCGUUAGGGUUAGGGUAAAUGUCAGAGUUAGGCACUUAGUUGAGGUGGUUAGGGUAAUGGACUAGCGAAUGCGUUAUGUCAGUGAACCCACAAAGAUAGCCAUACAAGCGUGUGUGGUUUUCAAUAUUCAUCUAUCAUACUGUGCAAAGUAAACACUGCUGUAAUCUGAGAAUGAUUUCAUUGUGUUAUUGUUAUCAUGAACGGUGCCGUUAAAAAAGUUGAAUCAAUGUUUGUCCUUCAAAAUAGCACCAAGUCUGUGUAAGUUAUCUUACACACCUUUUUUCAAGGCACUUCGGAGAUGGUUCUAAAUAUCCUGAAAAGGCUGUGCAUUCUCCUGUGCAUUUAGGCUGACCUUUUAGUCUUUCUUUUCAUGUAACCAACUCCAUCUUUGACUCUCCAUCACCGAGCAUCAGAAUUACAUGCAGACAAUCAUUCCAGCAUUACUCUCCUGCCCUUCUACAAACAAACCGAUUUCUGUUAAAGCACACCAGGUUCUGCGGUUUUAGGAAUAGGUGAGUCACUUGGCUUUGUUUCGAUGUCUGUGAAAGGCAUUUUAUCCAAAGACCAAUUCUGACCACUAUUCUUCUAGCUGUAAAUGACUCUACCGGAAUCCCCCUAGCUUCUGCCAGUUGUGAGUGGAUGGCGCUGCGGGACGUUUUCCAAUUUCAAAGGGAAGUCAGCUUCAUGUGACUUUGGUCUGCGUCACUCAGUUUCCUUGAUGGACUACUGUUUUUCUUGUCCCCAUUCUUACCCAUUUCUUUGUGCCUUUGCAGCACAUCUGUACAUAGCUGUCUGCCAUGAAACUCAUGCUUGAGAAGGAUCUCGCUGAUGCUGGAUGACCAUUGUUAAGGCUUGUUGACCAACAUUUUAAGAAUACUGUUACAGGACAAAAAAAACAGGAUAAUCGAGAACCUAAAACAGUGCUUUACAGCGAGAACCUUAUGUGGUGAUUGAAUUCAAACAGGAAACAUGUCAGCAUUACGCUUUUCUACCUUAGGUGUACUGAAAGUGUUUUACAGGAUGUCUCAUUCACGCACCAAUGGCAGAAGCUAUCGAAGCAAUUUUGUCUUGCCCAAGGAUGGUUUGGUAUGAGUUAGCCAGAGAUUGUAUUGAUAAUCCUGCGAUCAGUAGACAUCUCACUUUACCACCUGGCCUAAAGCUGCCAGCUUGUAGAGAAUAACAAUGAAACUUAACUUUUAGCUCAAACUGUAAAGCUAUACCGAGAAAAACAAAUUGUAAGCCGAGCUUGCUGAAAUGUUGGCAAAGAUGGGGUUUGGAAAAAAUCUAAAGUGCCUACAACUUUUGCACAGCAGUGUAUGUACACACAAUAGAGUGUCCAAAAGUGUGUGGGAGAGACAAUACAUAAAACACGGUAAUAAUACAUGUGAGAAUAUUUGAGCGAAAGGGAGAGUACAGAGUAGUCUUUGUCCUCUGAAGGAUUGGAAAACUGACAGAAACAAUCACAACCUCUGUUCUCUCUUUUUCCUCGCGUUGUUACAUAAUACAGUUAGAAUCCAGCUGCCCCCUUAGAGAACACCCAUGUGUAUGAGAGAAAGAGAAAAUGUAUGUGACUCUGCAUACAUUUGUGUGUCUGUGUGCUGAGGUUCGUGUGUGCACUACAUACAUAUAUGUUUUACUCAUUUUGAGCAAACUCCAUAUGAGCUUUUUUUGCAAAUGUGUGCGAGACAGCGUGGACUAGGUGGUGUACAUUUCAUUGUAUAGUGGUGAUGUCUCUCAUGGCUGUGGGCCGUUCACUCCAUCGAAACCUAAUAUCAGACAGAAAACACCACAAAUCUCAAGCACAUAUGAAAAAAAAAGGGACAUUUCUUUUUCUCUGAGCAGAACGAGAAGCACACUGUUGAAUACCAUGCACUGUAAGUAUUUUCAUGUACAAUGAAACAAACUUGUUUGAGUGAUUUUUACGCAAUAAGUGGCCAAAAAAAGACAAAAAAAAUAUCUUUUGUAAAUCGACAAAAAAAUGAAAAUGCUAAGGAAAGCCUUCCAAAUUGUUCUGUUGGUUUUUAUGUAUGUAUGUGUGUAUGUGUGUGUGGUCAUUCAUACUCCCUAUGCAUUUUUGGGUCAAAGGUCCGUUUAAAGCCCAAUCCAGAACCGUAACAAAAGUCCCUUACUUGAGUGAAAUUCUGAAAAUGAAUCCAUUUAACCCCUCUACAAAAUGUAAUUACAGCACUUUUAUAGCUGAUUGGCCGAUAAUAUAAAAGUGCUAAAAAUAAUAUAUUACAUUAACAAUGUAAGAUUGAUGUUCCUGUUCCUGUUCCUGUUCUACUGUGUAUUCAGUUUUUGGGAGACACUCUUUGCAAUGUCACUCUAAAAAUUUCAUGACAGUGUGCAGUGUUUUAUUACGCACGCCGGUUAGUCAUUACCCCCUAAACCCUAUUAGAUGAUGUUGUUACAGCAUCAGUUAUUGCAUAAUGUAACAUUUAUUACAUCAUCAGCUGCAGUUAAGGCGCUUUGCCAUGAAUAUCAUUCCUGCCUGAAAAACUAAAUAUAUUUUCUAAGAGGCUGCACCAGGAUGCUAUUUUGCAUCCCUUCAUGAGUGGGGAAAAAGGCAGGCAGGGGAAAUUACAUCAACUGCCUCCUUCCUUGCUCUUAAUGUCAGCUUCUGCGGCGGGUCAUUACUGAGCGUUUCUAUAACAAGUUCCUGUUGGGGAUGAAGCACGUGUUGGCAUUCCUCUUGCAUGAGUUGUUAUUUUGCAAUGUAAGCCAGUAUUUUUUUUUAUUACUCCAAACUCCACUUUGGAGACACAUGAAAAAGACAGAUGACUGUUUCCAUUUAGCCACACCUUUCGGUUAGUCUAAAUGAAGCUUUCAGUUGUGUUUUGAUGUUUUGGGGUUUGUUUUUCCUCCCUGCUGUGGCUAAAUUGGAAAGUCUCAGCUGCUAGACACCAACAAAAGCUCAUUGUAUUGCAAGUGCUUAAGGUAGCAGAAUGCAGAAUUUAUAUCUUCUGUAUUUGCCUGCAUCUGAUGGUGUUGAAUGUUUGCCCAAAAACCACAUCAUCUGGUUCAGGAUGCCUCCCGGAAAACUAUAGCAAUUAAAUUGGGUUACCUAAAUAUUACUUUAGUGUCUUCCAUGAACAAUGUCUUUAGAACUUAAACCAUUAUGCUUGCAGUCUAAAUUGUGUACACAGUGUUGCUGUGUGUAAACCCCUGAGGAUAGCAAUGGGGGGAUAAUAGGAAAUGGUGAGGCUGUUGGGAAUUAAGUAGACACCAUUUCUCAAACAGGUCAAACUAGUCCUUGUGGGGUUUUAAAUUCCACAAAAGAGAGCUGUUUAUUGAGAGUAAUGCUGGCUUCCUUUACCUUGCACGACAAAAGUUCAAAUGAACUUCCUCUUCUAAGGGUAUUCUGAGCUCACAAACUCGUUUGCUGAGGUUUUCAAAAAUGCUGGAGGUGAAUGGUAUGUUGACAUAUCCUGAUUUAGUCCCUCCGUCAUAUGUUUAAGGAAAUGUGUGUAAAGAAACGUUGAUUCCCAAUUCAAGGGAACUUUUCUUGUAAACACAGUAAAGCUGACGCCAUUUGAAGGCGGCAAAAGUAUCUGUUCAGAUAAAAAAUAGCAUUGGGAAUGCACGAGAAAAGCUAGGCCUAUAGUCACCUAGCCAAACGAUUAAGCUAGCACAUAAAACAUCUGCCCUUUAAGCAAAAAAAUAAUUAUCAGCUUACAAUAUGCUUAGUGCAAGAAAACUAGCAAUAAGCGGGUUUACCACCCAAUAUUAGUAUCUGGUCAUUUAACUGCUGGUAGAUUUGCAUUAAGCAAAUAAUUUGGAGUAAGCUAACCAACUGUUAGCUAACCAAUGAGCUUGUUACUCCAUACCAGUUAAACAUCAGCUUUCUGGAUGGAUAAGGUAUUCCUAUCAUUUUCUUUUAGUGAAAACUGUGCUUCACAUUUCUAAACUAGCAAAACUCACUGUCUCCAGUCUUUGGUUCAUAUUUCAGAUCAGUCCGUGAGAACUUUCUGCAUAAAGCCAGAAACAUUUUCCUUUCCUGUGUUUACUUUGAGAUUCAUUUCAAACCCCGUUACGAGUCUGGAUUGGGCUUUGAAUAAUGUAAGCGUUGAUAUUGUGUAUUUUUUUCCAAACUGUGUAAAGUUCUAUUCUAUGUAAUAUAGUAUUUUUCUAUGACGACAAUAUUACUCUUCCAGAAUAUGGGAAGAAAAUACAAAACAGUUAUAUAAAAAGGAAAAUAAAAUGUAUAACUUUGUUGGUGUUGUCAUUUGAUUUUUUUUUUCUAUGAAACAAAGAGUGUACUGCUAUACUUCUCUUUUUGAGAAGAGAAAAGAUUCAAAGCAAGGAAAAAAUAAAAUGUCUAAUUUUA